GCGACGCACGCGUCUCCCGGCUACCCAGCCGUACCUGGAACUCGCGCAAAAUACGCUGAAAAAGUACACCAAACUUCCAACUCGCUCUCAACAACCACUGUGAAUUAAAAACAACUAAAAUGUUCUAGUUAUUAAUCCUUGAAGAAUGUUAUUUAUUACAGUUCACGUGCAACGGAGUGCGUUUCAUGUAAACAAAUAAUCGAAUGCGUUCCGAUUGACGAUUCGAUGUUGAUGAUAUAGUUUAAGGUUAAGUUUGUUGAACUUUUUUAGCACACGUCGGCUUCGUUGUGACGUAAGGAGUGCACUAACUAGAUUAGAUACGCUAAGCCCGCUGUAAUCAUACAGAGAAUGCAAGUGAAGUGACAAUAAGAACUCCAAAACAACCAUAUCUUUAACAUAUCUUACUGUGGACAUAUCGAUGUAACGUAGCAUAUCAGUGUUUCAUCAUAGUACAAUAAACUAACCAGUAAGUGAGAGGAGAGUUAUACAUAAGUGAAAGUGUGAGAAAAUCUGUGAAAAUAGUGAUAUAGAAAAGUGAAAAUGUCCGAACGUUUCAAGGUGACUAAAUUCGAUGAGCCUUCGGGCAAAACUUUCAAGAACUACGGUGCUACGUCAGCUGAAAAUGACGUAGAGCUGAAAGGGAAGCUUCUGUCAGAUUCAGGUGACACCGACGAACAUGGCCUGCCCAAGGAUAAGGACAAAGGUUGCGACACCACUCUAUAUCUAUACCAUGAGGAACUCGAAGACAGACCGCGGGCGGCUACAUUCCUCAGUUCUCUGGCAGAUUAUUCAAACACAAUUCCAACUGCAUCUGCGGCGGACCCAGAUGCCCCCAAGCCAGCGCCCCCGGCCCGCAUGGGCACUCUCAUUGGCGUGUAUCUGCCCUGCAUACAGAACAUCUUCGGUGUAAUCCUAUUUAUCCGUCUCACAUGGGUAGUUGGAACGGCUGGCGCUAUCCAAGGCUUCUUGAUUGUGCUUAUUUGCUGUUGUACGACUAUGCUAACAGCUAUAUCGAUGUCGGCGAUUGCAACGAAUGGUGUGGUGCCGGCAGGGGGGUCGUACUUCAUGAUCGGUCGAUCUUUGGGUCCUGAGUGUGGAGGCGCAGUUGGCAUGCUCUUCUAUACAGGAACUACUCUCGCAGCGGCCAUGUAUAUAGUCGGAGCUGUAGAAAUAGUACUGACAUAUAUGGCUCCGUGGAUGUCCAUCUUCGGUGAUUUCACGAAAGAUCCAGAUGCUAUGUACAACAACUUCCGCGUGUAUGGAACGGGCUUACUGUUAAUUAUGGGCAUGGUGGUGUUUGUCGGAGUUAAAUUCGUCAACAAAUUUGCUACAAUAGCACUCGCCUGCGUUAUUCUUUCUAUUUCUGCCGUGUACGCUGGUAUCUUCGUGAACUGGAAUGGAAAUGAUAAACUUCAGAUGUGUGUACUUGGAAAACGCCUAUUAAAAGAUAUAAAUAUAAACAAUUGCAGUAAAGACGUUGGAGGUGAAUUGUAUCAACUGUUUUGUCCUAAUAAUACUUGUGACCCCUAUUAUCAAGCACACGAAGUAAGCGUUGUACAAGGAAUCAAGGGCUUAGCAAGCGGAGUCUUUUUUGAUAACUUACAAGAUUCGUUUCUCGAUCUCGGUCAAUAUUUAGCUUAUGGCAAGGAACCAGAUGACAUUGAGCAAAUGGAAAGGCCUACAUAUAAUCAAAUAUACGCUGACCUCACUACUACGUUUACUAUUCUGAUUGGAAUAUUUUUCCCGUCUGUAACAGGUAUUAUGGCGGGGUCUAAUCGUUCUGGUGAUUUGGCUGAUGCACAAAAGAGUAUUCCCAUCGGAACCAUUUGUGCUAUCCUUACGACUUCCACCGUUUACUUGUCUUGUGUACUACUCUUUGCCGGGACCGUUGACAACUUGUUGCUCCGUGAUAAGUUUGGGCAAUCUAUUGGUGGUAAGCUUGUUGUAGCAAACAUGGCGUGGCCUAAUCAAUGGGUCAUUUUAAUUGGAUCAUUCCUGUCUACACUUGGUGCUGGACUACAAUCAUUGACUGGUGCCCCACGUCUUCUCCAGGCGAUUGCUAAAGAUGAGAUUAUACCGUUCCUUGCACCUUUUGCUGUUUCCUCUAGUCGCGGGGAGCCUACAAGAGCUCUACUGUUAACCAUGGUGAUCUGUCAAUGCGGGAUUCUCCUGGGCAAUGUUGAUAUCCUUGCCCCACUUCUAUCAAUGUUUUUCCUUAUGUGCUACGGUUUUGUCAACCUGGCCUGUGCUCUGCAAACUCUUUUAAAAACACCGAACUGGCGACCAAGAUUCCGAUAUUACCAUUGGUCUCUAUCUCUUGCUGGACUCGUCUUGUGCAUCUCCAUCAUGUUUAUGACGUCAUGGUUUUACGCUCUCAUUGCAAUGGGCAUGGCUGGCCUUAUUUAUAAAUACAUUGAAUAUCGAGGCGCUGAAAAAGAGUGGGGUGACGGUCUUCGGGGAUUAGCACUUUCAGCAGCACGUUACUCCUUGUUGCGCCUUGAACAAGGGCCACCGCACACAAAGAAUUGGCGACCACAAGUUCUUGUGCUUGCUAAGCUUAAUGAUGACCUGAAUCUGAAAUACCGCAAAAUGUUAUCUUUUGCCAGUCAACUUAAAGCUGGAAAGGGUCUAACGGUAUGUGUGUCAGUAUUGGGUGGCGAUUUCACUCGACGAGCGGGAGAGGCCAGCACAGCUAAGCAAAACUUACGUAAAUGCAUGGAUGAAGAAAAGGUCAAAGGAUUCGUGGACGUUCUAGUAUCACACAGUAUUGCCGAUGGAUUAAGUCAUUUCGUUCAAACCACCGGUCUAGGUGGAUUAAAACCAAACACAGUGAUAGUGGGAUGGCCCUACGGGUGGCGGCAAUCUGAAGAUGAUCGUACAUGGCAAGUGUUCCUACACACGGUUCGCGCGGUAACUGCAGCCAGAAUGGCCAUGCUUGUUCCAAAAGGAAUAAACUUCUUCCCUGAUUCUACUGAAAAGGUUUCUGGUAACAUAGAUAUAUGGUGGAUUGUCCAUGAUGGCGGAAUGCUGAUGUUAUUACCGUUCCUUCUGAAACAAAAUCGUACGUGGAAGAACUGUAAAAUGCGUAUUUUUACCGUCGCACAAAUAGAAGACAACUCUAUCCAAAUGAAGAAAGACCUUAAGAUGUUCCUCUACCAGCUACGUUUGGAAGCAGAAGUUGAAGUCGUUGAAAUGACUGAUAGCGAUAUCUCCGCUUACACUUAUGAACGUACCUUGAUGAUGGAGCAGCGCAAUCAAAUGCUACGGGAACUAAGGCUUAACAAAAAGGAGUCCCUUGGAAUGAUGCAAAAUUUGGUGGACUAUCAUGAACAAAAUGCUGAGGAGAAGUUACCUCUGGUACAAGCAAUAGUGGAUCACCACCAUGCGGAUGUUAAAACCGCUAGCAAAGUUCGCUUCGCAGAACCUGGCUCAGAGCCUCUUCCUGAUGAUGCACCAUCACCUCCGCUAGCUGAAAACGACGAGAAAGAUAAGGAUGAUAAGGACGACUUUCGAAGUAGUUUGUUGCACAUAAUCGAUUCAAUGUGGGACUCGCCCGAUGAACACUCGCAGUGUGAGUCGCCCUCCGUGCCCAACGAUGCCGAAAACCACAAGGAUGGCAACCCCAACGGCGACGCACUCAACCCCAAGCCCAACGCCAAUACCAACGUGCCCACCAUUACCCCUGACGAAGGCACAGUCCGGCGAAUGCACACUGCCGUGAAGUUGAACGAGGUGAUAGUGUCACGUUCACACGACGCACAAUUAGUCAUACUGAAUCUGCCGGGUCCGCCGCGAGACACGAAACUUGAAAGGGAGUCAAAUUAUAUGGAGUUCCUGGAAGUCCUUACCGAAGGUCUUGAGAAGGUGCUGAUGGUGCGUGGAGGCGGCCGCGAAGUUAUCACCAUCUACUCGUGAACGUGCACAGAGCAGCCUUGCCUCAGCAAUAUUGCUAAAUUAGUUCGAAGUAUCUUUCUUAGACUCUCAGUGAAAAUGCUCGCGAUGCGUGCUCUUUACAAAAGUCUGUGUGAUUUGUUCGUAAUUUUGUACUCUUGUUUGGAAGUUUGAACGUUGUUCGAGGAUUUCGUAAUCGCGUCUGGUUGAUCGUUUUAUGUAAUCAAACGAGUAAUGAACUCAACUCGGAUCGCGGUGUUGACUAUUAUAUUUUACAACAAUUCGUUU